AUGGCGGACGAACCGACAGUUUUGCGGAAGGAUCAGCUGGAAAUCAGCUUGGUCAAGGAGAAGAAACUGAUCAAAGAUGGCACAAUCAAGGAUGACAAUCCCCUGGAUCUCAGUGCGCCGUUUCGGGAACUAUGCAAUGCAUGUCGUCAGGGUGAUCUGAAAGUCUGUCAAGAGAAAAUCUCUGAAGGCGUAAAUGUCAAUGCCCGUGAUCCUUAUGAUUACACCCCAUUGAUCCUAGCGAGUCUGUGCGGACAUUACGAAACCGCCCAGCUGCUGCUCGAGUCCGGUGCACUGUGUGAGCGUGACACAUUCCAAGGUGAAAGAUGCCUCUAUAACGCCCUGAAUGACCGCAUACGGAACCUCCUUCUCGAGUAUGAUUAUUCUAAAUCCACAGACCCUUUGCAGCCACUCGCUGCACAUAUAACAUCCCUCUUGGUGCGGGAAUCACCUGUCACGGCCGACAUUGUUGUGACUGCGUCCGACCAAUCGCUUCACCUCCACAAAUUUAUACUCUCGGCUCGUUCCCCGUACUUCCAUGCCAAAUUGGCAGCAGCACCAGAAUCUGCAACAUGGAAGCUCCCUUCCACUAUUCCACCCGAAGCAUUUGGCGCUGCAAUCAAGUAUCUAUACUUUGGAGAAGCUCCUCGAGAAUUGAGGAGUGGACCAGGUACAGGGUUCACUGAAUCCGAGACCUUUGCCGGAGUGGACAGAAUCUCCAAGUACCUGGAUAUUCCCAGUCUUCCCGAUAGUAUACUUGAGAGUGGAGAUAGAAGGCGUGCCCGGCAACGACGAAAUGACGAGAUCUCCAAGGGUCGAGAUCAAAUGGAUAAAUGGUUCCGGGAGAAUGUGCUGGGAAAUAAAAUCGUGGUGGAGACUUCAAAGGCGAACGAUACCAAAUGGAGUCGGAACAACGCAAUCUUCGCCGAUGUUCUCCUACGAGCGGAUGAUCUCCCCGACGAAGAAGAUGAAACAAGCAAUGGUGUGUCCACCGAGGGACCGAAAUCCACCAUCUUCCCAUGCCAUCGUGCAAUGCUGUUGCGCUCCGAGUUCUUCCAGACCAUGUUCUCAUCCACCUUCCGUGAAGCAUAUGUCAAAGACCAGCUGACUGUUAUCGAUGUCGACUGCUCGCCCGAAGUUCUGGAAAUCAUCCUCACGUUCCUCUACACGGAAAAGGCCGAUUUCCCUCUGGAAAUCGCCGUCGAUGUUCUGUUCGCAGCAGAUAUGCUGUUCAUUGAAAAAUUGAAGACAAAGGCAGCGGUCGUCAUCAGCACCCUCGGCAGUGCCGGAAUGUCUCAAGCAGAGGCUGCAAGAACUCGGGGUACAACCGACGAAGACGACAUUGAUAUCUAUUCAAUUGUCCGAGCAGCAUGGUUAACACGUGUACAGCGACUGGAGGAGUUUGCUGCUCGAUACCUGGCAUAUCGCCUAGAAGCGCACAUCGAUACUCCCGAGUUUGCAGAGUUGAUACAAGAAUCAGCGGCUCGAAUCAAGGCGAGACAGGAGACCGAUUCCAUCGAAAUGCUGGAUGAUAUUCGAUUCUACCUCGGGGAGCGCUUCAGACUGCGCUUCAACGAAGCAGGUCUCGAUGAGAUGAUGGACGAAGAUGUACCGUCAGAUGACAGUGACGCGGACGAACAGUCAGAAGUCGAUACGCAACUCGCAGAAGGCGUCAAGACACUUGAAAUCGCCAAGGAGACGACAGAACGCCAGGCCCAUCUCCCACAGGAGGAGCAACCGGAGAUCCGCGCUUUAGACGGUGCGCUGGUUGUGGAUGAAUUCUCAGAGGAUGCCAUGAAUUAUGAGAUCCUUCUUGAGAAGCUGGAUGAUUUGUUGGAGAGCCUCAACCUUGAAGCUUAA